AUGCUCUCGAAAUGGCUGCUCGCUCAAGAGAUCGUGGACAGCUUCUCGACGGACCAAGUUAUCGGACAAAUGUGUCAACUCGAGAUUAAAAUGAUUCUCAACGACGACAACUCGGUGAACGAGACAUUAGUGCGUCAGUACGCGAAGCUGGGCGUCGGGUCUUACUUGAACUCCCCGUUUGCAGGUUGGAAUGCCACCGCUUGGCGAAACGCGAUCACGGAGAUCCAAACAUUCCACAUGGAUGAAAACGGAGGACACCCGAUGGUAUUCGGGCUCGACUCGGUACAUGGCGCACAAUAUGUGGAUCAAGCCGUGAUGUUUCCACAUCAGAUCAACGCAGGUGCAAGCUUCAACCCCAAGUGGGCACGCAAGAUGGGGUAUAUCACUGGUCGUGACACGGCUGCUGCCGGAGUUUCUUGGAUUCUAGGGCCAAUUCUCGACAUCUCGUACAACCCGCUGUGGACGCGUUCAUACGAGACUUUCGGUGAAGAUCCGUACUUGGCUUCUGUACUGGGCGCCGCCUACAUUCAAGGCGUGCAGGACAAUAGCCAGAACGGAGCGUGUAUGAAACACUUUAUCGGGUACUCACAGACAGCAACCGGGGUUGACCGCGAAAGUGUGACGAUCUCGGACUACGAUCUCCUCAACUACCACGUGCCGUCGUUCAAGGCCGGUAUUGAACAUGGCGCCAUGUCGACGAUGGAGAGCUACGCCGCCAUUAACGGCGUGCCCGUUGUAUCCUCGACCAAGAUGAUGAACACACUGUUGCGUGAUGACCUCAAGUUUGACGGCGUCGUGGUUACCGAUUGGGGUGAGGUCAACAACCUCCAGAGUUGGCAUCGUGUGGUGAGAACGCAGCAAGAUGCAGUCGAAUUGGUGAUCGCUGACACGUCACUGGACAUGAGUAUGGUGCCAUCCAGCAUCGACUUCAUCGACCAGGCGAAGAACGCGCUGUCUAACAACCCGGACUACGAAGAGAGACUACGUUCAUCUGCGAAGCGAAUCAUCAAGAUGAAGCUCAAGAUGGGUCUAUACGACACUCCGGUUCCGGGUGAAGACAACGUCGCUCUCGUUGGAAAUGAUGACGACCUCGAACAAGCGCUGAAUCUCGCUCGCGAAUCCGUCGUGUUGCUAAAAAAUAACGACAACCUCUUACCGCUAAGCAACGGUACGUCGUGUGGAGGUUGGAGCAUUUAUUGGCAAGGAGCAUCUGGCAACGACAACUUUCCUCAUGGAAUUGCUGACGAAACAUACUCGGACGAUGACCUCUCCAGAGCCACAGGACAUGCCGAAGAAGCUGACGUGGUUGUUGUCGCUAUCGGUGAAGCUCCGUACGCUGAGAAAUGGGGUGACGUUGACGAGUUGACCUUACCAUCAGGUCAGCUUGAGUACGUUCAGGCCCUCGCGAACACAGGUACUAAGGUGGUGUUGAUCCUUUUCGAAGAUCGUCCCAGAUUGUUGGGUUCAUUGCCGGACUCCGUGGGUGCUGCCGUGUGGGGCGGUCUACCUUGUGAACAAGGAGGCCAAGCCGUGGCGGAACUCUUGUUCGGCGAGGUAAAUCCAAGUGGAAGACUUCCAAUCACGUAUCCUAAGCAUUCGGGACACAUCAUGAUCCCGUAUCACCACCGCGUAGACACUCAAUGCAGCUAUGGCGCUUGUGAGAUGCAAUGGGACUUCGGAGCUGGAUUGAGUUACACGAGCUUCUCGUACUCCGCUUUGGAGCUCAGCACAGACAAAAUCACCAGCAUGGGUGACAAGAUUACAGUGUCGGUCAAGGUGACGAACAAUGGAACAAUGGCAGGCAAGGAUACCGUGAUGCUGUUUAUGAUCCAGCUGUACCGUGCGAUCUCGGUUCCUGAAGUCAAAAUGCUGCGUAAGUUUGAGAAAAUUGAACUCGCUGCGGGAGCCUCAACGACGGUGACGUUCGUGCUGACUGUGGACGACUGGGGCGUCUAUAAGCCGCAGAUCGGCAGCGGCUUCAACCGGGUUGCUGAAAACGGAGAGUUUGUCGUGGCUGUGGGUCCCGACACGGAUUGUGACGUGUAUAACGACGCUGGUAUCACAAACAAGCUGUGUGCGAAUUUCACGCUUGCAGCUACUUCCACCACCGCUGGCGAUGGUACAGGCUCACUUGCAUCUCAUUCGUUGAUGCCUUGGUGGGCGACAGUUUUGAUCGUCCUUGUAAGUUUGCUGUUGUAA